UUUGCACUUUUUCGUUUUCAAUUCAAAAUCUCGAUUAACUAUGAAGAAUCACGAUAAACGGCUGACAACUGGAACGACAUUGACAGGACUCCGGCGAUUGAAGCCGGCUUUCGCCGCCGACGACGGGGACGAACAAACGUUCGCCCAUGCGGACGAUAAAUCUACGAGGAAGCGACGAUUGGGGAAGGAGAUUGCCUUGAAGCAACGUAAAACCGUUCAUUACGACGAUGAUAGUGCGUCGGAGAUCUCGCUGUCGUACGGUUCGUCGUCCGACCAUUCCUCCGAAGACGACGUCGUCGUCACGAAGGGGAUCUCCGGUGUAGGCACGUGUCUGUCACAUGGAUUCAUGUCCGUGAUUGGAAAGAGAAGAGAAAUGGAGGACUCUGUAGCAAUAGAGCUAGGGUUUAUGACGAUAGGUUCAAGAGACUACGACUUCUUCGGCGUGUACGACGGUCAUGGAGGAUCGCGAGUCGCAAAUAGUUGCCAUGAUCGUCUGCAUCAUUUAGUUGUGAAGGAAAUCCCGGAGGAGUACAAGACAUCGUCAUACUUAGGCGAGGAGGAUUGGUCGAGGAUUAUGAUGGACAGUUUUAUGAAGAUGGACGAGGAAGUAAACAGAAUAGAAAUGAUUUCCGAGAAUAAUGAUUCGUUUCCUUCCACCAUAGGCUCCACGGCGGUGGUUGCGGUAGUGGGAGAGGAUGAGGUAGUGAUCGCCAAUUGUGGCGAUUCGAGAGCUGUACUCUCUAGAGGAGGUGUUCCUUUUUGCAUAUCUAAUGAUCACAAGCCAGACAGAUCUGAUGAAUUGGAGAGAAUUGAAAGCGCUGGUGGAAGGGUUAUCGAUUGGAACGGGCAUCGUGUCUUAGGAGUACUUGCUACUUCCAGAUCCAUAGGAGAUCACUAUCUUGAACCGUUUGUGAUAGCAGAACCAGAGGUAAUUGUAAGCAAAAGGACUGAUGCUGAUGAGUUUCUGAUUCUGGCAAGCGAUGGUUUAUGGGAUGUUGUCACGAACGAACUGGCAUGUCGAGUUGUGAAGAGUUGCCUUGAUGGAAGAUUACUGAAGUGGAGAUGUCGACUUGAUACCGAGAAGAAGAUCGGGGAAGUUGAUCAUGGUGGUGGCGCCCGUGCUCAAGUGGCUGCUGGUUUGCUAGUUGAGUUGGCCAUGUCCCGUGGAAGCAGAGACAAUAUCAGUGUUGUAGUUGUGGAUCUAAACAAAGCCUGUCCUGAAGGGAGGAAUUUCACUGGUUGAUUAUUUCUAUGUGUUUCUCUCUAUUUUAUCCUUUGUCUCCAUGGAAAAUUAUGUAAAUUAUGAUAUGUUCAUGUUUUAACACAAAAAAGAACAAGGACUUCCAAUCUUGCUCGGAUCAUAUGAUUUUUGGUAGA